GUUUGAAAAAGGCCUUGCUGAAGCUUCCGCGCUUCCCCAGUCAGAAGGAGGUUCAGAUUCUCCUGGAUCAGACUUCGACAGAGGCGUUCAGUAGAGACCAGGCUCAGAAGUUGAUCAAGCACCUGUUGUAUGAGAAGCGAAGCGAUAUCCUGGGAGCCUUUCUGACAGUGUUGAACAAGGAAAUCUGUGCACACUCGGACGCGCAGCUGCAGAGCUUCUCCCUGAGCAUCUCGGGAUGUGCCAGGCGGAGUUUCUGGCGAGAUGCCUUGGAUGUUUUGAGCUCCAUGAAAGUCAUGAAGGUCUCUCCGAAUGCUUUCAACUACAGUGCAUUGAUCAGUUCUUGUGGACGGGCUGGCCAAUGGCAAUUAGCAUGGGAGCUUUAUCAGGAGAUGCCCGAACUACUGAUCGUCCGUGAUGUGGUCUGCCACUCCGCAGCCAUCAGCGCUUUGGAAAAGGCACAGAUGUGGCAGUUGGCCCUGCAAGUCUUUGCGUCCGCAGACAAGCCAGAUCUCAUUUGCUACAGCACCUUGAUGAGCGCCCUGGAAAAGGCCGCCAAGUGGCCAGAAGCCUUGCGCCUCUUUGAGAAGAUGUGCAGUGCUGAUCUCUCGCCCGAUGUGAUUCUGCAAUCCGCCAUGAUCAGUGCCUGUGGCAAGGGACAGCAAUGGCUGAAGUCCUUGGAGCUGUUGCGAGUGGAGGUGUCUCCGGAUGUGAUUUGCUUCAGUGCCGCCAUUUCUGCUUGCGAAAAAGCUGGGGAGUGGCAAAUCGCUGUGAAGCUCUUGGAAGAGCUGCAGGAGCUUGACCUUCAGCCCAAUUACGUAACUUGUUGUGCAGCCAUUAGUGCAUGUGAGAAAGGCGGAGAAUGGCAGAUGGCGUUGGUUCUCUUAGAGGCCAUACGACAGCAGACGAUGGGCGAUGCGGUGAGUUAUAACGCGGCCAUCAGCAGUUGUGGCAGAGGUGUGCAAUGGCAGAUGGCCCUGCAACUUCUUUGGCAGAUGAAGGAGCUGGAGGUGUCCGCUGACGUGAUCAGCUGCAGUGCGGCCAUCAGUGCAUGUGAAAAGGACGGCAGGUGGGCCAUGGCGCUGAAGAUCUUGAGAUCCAUGUACAAGCAAGGGCUUCCGCCCGACCGGAUCACCUUCAACGCCACCAUCCGCGCGGGCGCGAAGGAUGGACAGUGGCAGAUUUCCGCGGAACUCUUGGAGCAGAUGCAAGAUGAGGAGAUUCUUCCAGAUGUCAUUGGAUUCAAUGCAAGCAUCAGUUCCUGCAAGAAGUCUCAACACUGGGAGCUUGCGCUUCACUUCUUUCAGCAGAUGCUUGAGGCGGAGUUGCAGCCAGAUGCCAUCAGUCACAGCUGCCUCCUGAGCUGCUUGGAUGAAGGUCGUCAGUGGCAACGUGCCGUGUUGCUGUUCUAUGAGAUGCCUGAGCUGAAGGUGACACCCGACAGCGUGAGCUACAAGAGCACCUUGCGCGUCUGUGAGAAGAGCAGCAGGUGGCAGUUCGCCUUGGCUCUGUCUGAAGCGACAAAUCUGGGAUGGGAGUAG